GCGGCGGCGGCGCGCGUGGCCGCCAUGCCGAAGGCCAAGGGGAAGAGCCGGCGGCAGAAGUUCGCCUACAACCUCAACCGCAAGCGGCUCUACCGCAGCGCGCGCCGCCGCGCCGCGCCCCGCAUCGAGUGCUCCCAUGUACGCCAUGCCUGGGACCCCGCCAAGUCGGUGGCGCAGAACCUGGCCGACAUGGGCCUGGCCGAGGACCCCAACAAGGCCGUGCCCAUCCCGAGGGAGAAGCUGCCGGAGACGGAGAUGGAAAUCAGUGGACAAGACAAAGGGAAGAAGAUGGUGCGAAAGCCUUAUGUGUUGAAUGAGAUGGAAUAUGAGGCCAGUCUCCCUGAGAAGAAAUCAAACACACUCUCACGAGACCUCAUUGACUACGUGCGGUACAUGAUACAGAACCAUGGCGAGAACUACAAGGAAAUGGCUCGAGAUGAGAAGAACUACUACCAGGACACUCCCAAGCAGAUCAAGAGAAAGAUCAAUGUGUACAAGAACUUCUAUCCUGAGGAGUACAAGGUUUUUGUUGCAUCACUGAAGCAGGAAAAGAUGGAUGUGCAGUGACUGAUCUUGUUCUCAGGUUUGCCUGCAAUUGCAGGCUUGGCGCUAUCACUUUCUGAGCCAAGAGCGGACAGGCACUGUAUCUCCAGGUGAUGGUCACUCACAGGCUGUGGCUGCUGGACAGGGAUUCAGUGCCUGCAACUUGAACUAUACAAAGCCUCUGGGGAUGGAAGAAGGACCUUCGUGAGACAGAGACAGUUAUGGCCAGGCAUGAGAGACUCUUGGCUUGCGGUCUUGGGGCUGAGUGUGCUGUGCCACUCCCCACUACUUUUACCUUGUUACAAUAAAUAGCUUUUUCAAAAUGGUA